AUGUCGACCUUCGACGGGAUCGUAGCAGAGUUCCCUGAUAUCCGGAUCGACCAUUUUCGCAAGACGCCGUCCACCAAACCCGCCCACGCCUACUUUCUCAGCCAUGUUCACUCAGAUCAUCUCAUCGGUCUCGACUCGUGCAAGUCGCCUUUCAUCUACUGCUCUCCAGCCACUCGUGAAAUUCUGCUGCGUUUGGAGAAGUAUCCUCAUCGGAUGAAUUUCUCCAAAGGUAUACUCGAAAGGCGCGUGCAAACCUACAAGCAUUUGAGAAAGCUUUUGAAGCCCAUUCCCCUGGAGACCCCGACUGUGCUUGAGCUUGUACCCGGACGAAAGAUCAGGGUCACAUUGUUCGACGCAAACCAUUGUGUCGGCGCUGUCAUGUUUCUGAUAGAGGAUGAGAGCAAAGCCGUCCUAUACACGGGCGACAUUCGUUCCGAAGCUUGGUGGGUCGAUUCACUAUUACGGAACCCUAUUCUUCUUCCCUACGUUGCGUCGAGCGAUCAGCCGCCGCUGAAACAGCUCGACAACGUGUAUCUGGACACGACAUUUGCAUCAAAGCUUGACCCCUACGUUCAGUUUCCCUCCACAGCGAGCGGUACCAUGGAACUUUUACGGCAUGUGUCUAAAUAUCCUCCAGACACCUUGUUCUAUGUCGAUGCAUGGACGUUCGGAUACGAGGAAGUUUGGCAAGCUCUUUCUACCUUUCUCCAGUCGCAGAUCCACGUCGACGACUACCGCUAUGCCUUGUACACUUCCCUGCUGUACAACAAGGAAUCUCGCGCUCCAGAAGCCUUCAAGCUGAUUGGAGCGAAUUGCGGUAACCACUUCCAAAAGGGAUGUCUCAGCAGAGAGCAAUGCCGGAUUCACAGCUGCGAGAAAGGCACUGGGUGCAGUAUUUGGAACAAACGAUUCGUGCGUAUCACGCCAAUCAUUUCACGAUACAAUGGACAAGAUAUGUGUGAGGCCGGAGCUGGGGGAGGACACGGCGAUCUCAAUCAACAAAACGAGCUGGAAAUCGAUGACCUCGGCAUGUUCGCCGACUUGAUGGAGCUGUGUUCCGCCAAGCUCAAAUGCCAACCGCAGCUUCUUGCGAGCGUGAGGAAGAUGCUCACAGAUGCCAUGGGCGAUGCUCGACAGAAGAUUUCUCUAGAUGGCACAGAGUUCGGGGCGGAUCAGAACGGCUACUCACAACAAGAUCAAGACGAUACAGACAUGGAUGACAUACCUCUGGACAAGCUUGUCCCAGCCCUCGCCAAAGCGGCCGCAAAGAUUAAGCAGAGUAUGGCACCAGCAAAAAGGCUCAGUGGCACGGAUCCCGCGUCAGAGCUACCCAGCAGGAUCACCUUCCCAUAUUCACGGCACUCAUCGUACAGUGAACUCUGUAUGUUGAUCGAAGCAUUCAAACCCAAGGACAUAUAUCCAUGUACCGUCGAUCACAAGGGCUGGAAUUCGAAGCAGUCAAUGGAAUACCUCUUUGGUCAUAUCUACGGCGCUCGGCCGCCCACUUUCAGCCACGACCAGCUGAUGCUGCAGCACUACAACGAUAGAAUCGACGACGUAGCACACCCCAAACCCGACGAAAGUCGCUUUGAUCAAGACACUCAAGACUACGAGGAAGCUAGUCCUCGCGAAGAGCCUCCCAAGUCUUCUCGAAAUCCUUCGACUCGACCUGGUUCCCGUCGACGGACGAGCGAAGAGGAGAAUGAUGAGGUCACCGCCAAACGCCGGAAAGUCGAAGCCCAGGGUGACUUCUGGCCUCCACUAGACAUCGACCACUACUCGCCGCCACGAAAUGGUUCCAACAGCAGACGGCCAUCUACGGCACACUCACGACGCAGCGCCGAUCACGCUAGCAGACCAUCGACACGACAGAAGGAUUAUGAAGUACUGGACGAGGAAGAGCUCAGACUUGCUAUUCAGCAGGAAGCGUACAAUGCAGCGCUGGGGAAGGGACUGGACUGGUCUGAGAUUGGGCUGGUGAGUGUCAGUGGGCAUCAAAAGAUAGAAGAAGAGCUAUGA